CAAGCGUAAAGAAUGAGUUUACUACGUGUAGCUUCUUUCUUAAUCUACGCAGUUUUACGCUGCGUUACGACGCAAAGUAUACCAGGGCAAGCAACCACUGCGGAUCUAGUAGUCUCAUCCGGAUACCCUGUGGAGCAGCACUCGGUGGUUACGGAAGACGGUUACGUGUUGAGCAUAUUUCGUAUUCCUGGAAGUCCUGUGAGUCCCCCGAUUGAAGGUAAACCGGUGGUCUUUUUACAGCAUGGCAUCCUCUGUUCCUCUACUGAUUGGAUCAUCAUGGGCCCGGGCAGUUCCAUGGCAUACCUACUCGCAGAUGCAGGCUUUGAUGUUUGGUUGGGUAAUGCACGAGGCAAUACCUAUUCUAGGCAGCACAUUUCCGGUGAUUCUUCUACAGCUGAUUUCUGGAACUUCAGCUGGCAUGAGAUUGGAAUGUACGACUUGCCUGCUAUGAUCGACACUGCGCUGGCGAAAGCUCAAAUCGAAACGCUGCAUUACAUCGGGCAUUCACAGGGAACGACCGCAUUUUUUGUAAUGGCGUCACUUAGACCAGAGUACAACCAAAAGAUAAGGACGAUGCAGGCUUUCUCUCCGGUUGCAUUUAUGGGCAAUCUGAAGUCGCCAUUCGUGAGAACAAUGGCUCCCUUCGUAAACCAAAUUGAGUGGAUCAUGCGAAUGCUGGGAGUAAACGAGUUUCUGCCAAACAGUGAAAUGUUAGCUUUGGGCGGUCAGAAAGCAUGUAACGAUGCGUCUAGCUUCCAGGGAAUCUGUGCCAAUGUCCUGUUUCUUAUAGCUGGCUUUAAUUCGGACCAGCUUAACAGAACCAUUUUGCCAGCAAUUCUGCAGCACACUCCAGCUGGGGCGUCUGUAACGCAGUUUGUGCAUUACGCACAAAGCGUGAAUUCCGGUCGCUUCCGACAGUUCGAUUACGGUAUGUUACUCAACCUACGUCGAUACGGAUCUAUUGUGCCUCCUAGCUAUCCUCUACAGCAGAUCUCCGCUCCAGUGUUUUUACACUACGGAGAAAACGAUUGGUUAGCGGCUGUUUCGGAUGUCCAGCAGUUGGAACGUCAGCUGGGAAACUCGGCUGGUUUAUUCCGAGUUCCGAACGAUCGCUGGAAUCACUUGGACUUUACCUAUGGUAGUGAAGCGCGCAGCUUGCUGUAUGAACGAGUUAUUGAUCUGAUUCGACGAUGGAACGAUUUUAUCGUGAAAUAAGCGAGUUCUGCAGAAUUGUUGCAUAGUUUGGGUAGUUUUGUUCAUACCUCGAACCCGAGUUAUGGUAUUAAACGCUCAUUCGAUAGUUUUUGUACAUAAACUUGGGAAAAGA